AUGGAAGAUGUGCUAAAAGCAACCGACAUAGUAGUUGAAAUAGCCAGUCAAUUGUGUACCCGGGACUAUCUAAGCUUCCGGCAGGUGAACCGAGAAGUCUACUACGAACAUCUCUCAGAGGCCAAUGACACCCGUGUGUGGGUCAAGAAGCUCAGAACUUUGGGUCUGCUUGAAAGCGAGAUAGUUGAAAACAACAACGAGACCCACGUCGAUGCUGUGCAUAUUUUUUCUGACAUUACAACUUUCACUGCAGUUUCUGCAAAGACCAUUUAUUCUCAAUUUUACCAACAGUUUCAGGGUUUCUUGGAGAAACUAUAUAGAGGUGACUCCAAUGGGUUUUUCCCCCCAUGCUAUUCCGAUGCACUGUCUCAGGCAUGCAUUAUAGACGGUCUGUACAAAUAUAUUCCAGCAGAAGCGAAAGAUCCCUCUCAAUGUCGCAAAGCAACAGAGAACUUGGGAAUUCUUCGAGAGGUUUUUGUGAAUACUGCAAUCAAGGAAAUGGAUUUGGCUUACGAAAGUAAGGACUACGAUACUGUGGCCGAAUUUGUCAGUGUUUUGUCGAAAUGCCAUGAGGAAAAUACGGCCGUUGACAUGUUUAAGUCCAGGAAUGAAUUUGCCACAGAGGUGACUUUACCAGAGACAUUUUUCGAUCCCAUCAGCCAUGAGCUUGAGAAAACUCAACUUGAAGCCGCUUUGCAUAAAAUCAGCUCGUUUUUCAAUUCCAAAAUAGAACUUGCGGACAAAAUAUUCGGCGAAACUCAUCCAGUGACUGUGGCAUACGCGGAGAGCAUAAUAGCUAAUAAUAUCAUUGAAUAUUUUGAAACUCAGCUCACUUCUUCAACUGAUGGCUCUGUGGCCACAAUCGUUUCUAUGCCUACCAUUUACAGAGCGUUUCAUCAACAAGUAGUAGACAGGCUGAGUUCAAGCCGAAACGCGGGUCUUCGAUUCAAAAAUAUGUUUAUUGAGUUUCUUGACCUCUAUUUUGAGCCUAAAAUAUUGGCUUACCUUGAUGUCUGUGUCGACAAGUUUGGAGUCAAAGUGGAGCAGAUGUUCGUCAACUUUCAGAAAGAAAACUCACUCAAAGAACAACAGCAAAACGCACGAAUAUAUCAAAGUCUGAGAGACAAAACAUCUAAUCAGCAGCUCAUCGACGAGAAGAAUAAUUUUCUCACUUCUUUCACUAAAAUUUUCAAAAUCUCCAAUAACGCUAAAGCCGAGGAAGAACAGGAGCUUCAAAUGACUUACAAUUUAAAUGUAAUGAAUCUAAGCUUGAACAACAUCCAGGUCCUUGUCAGUUUGGAUCUCUGUUACAAAGUUGUACAAUCUUGCAAAGAUUGCAUUGAAGACAUGCGUACCUUUCUGCGCAUAAAAAAUAUCGAAGAGAUCGUCAAGUUCAAAUGCAGAGAAAUCUUCAAAAUUCUUGUGAGCUGCUUAUCCAAAGAUCAUUUCAAACCAGGUUUCGAUAAAGCUAUUGCAUUAUUGGAUCAGUACGACCCUAAUAAAAUGAAAAAUGUACAAUUGGAGCUGGAUACCACGGACUCGCACGUUGAACCCCUUAUCAAGUUUACGGAACUGAUUAAUACCGGUGACAUUGUACUGCAGAUGAUAUCCAUCUUCUACAAGAACGAAUUGGUCCAGAUCAAGAUUGUGGAAAAGAACCAAGAUUUUCUGAACGACGUGGUUCAGUCUAAAAAAGCAUUUGAGACAAUGAUUGAUGAUUAUGUGGCAAAUGGCCUCAAUGUUGGUAUUAACAAGCUUAUGGACGAAGUGCUAUUUGUUUUCGGUACUUUACAGCUUCCGGAUGACUUCAACCCCGACCCCAGAGUACUUUUGAACAAAGAAAUAAAACCAUCGAGGGCAGCAUUAAAAAAUGUGGAGCUUCUAUCAAACCAUUGUUUCCUCUUGACAGGUGCUACUGACAAGGGCACUAUAGACAUUUUUCAACAAGAGAUUGCAGAGCGAUUUUUCAGUGAAAUAGUCAAAAACAUCAAAAAGAAUCUAAUCUCAACUGAUGGAGCCAUCUUUCUCAUCUGUGACCUCAAUUAUUAUUAUGAUUUCAUUGCCCAUACUUUGAAGCAAAAAAAUAUUAUACCGUUCUUCGCUGGGCUAAAAGCUGUUGGACAGCUCUUUCUGGUAUCUGGUGCCGACUCGAAGGAGCUAGGUAAAAUGAUAUGCGACCUUGGCAGGUUCCAAGGCGUUUUCACGCAAGAGGAGAUUUAUGAGUUUGUACAGCGCCGAACAGACUGGGUAAAGGUCCGCAGAGACGUGGAAAAGGUCAUGUACGGGCUCGGCGUCAGCGAUUGUAGUAUAAUGUAA